GACAUCGAGGGGAGGAAAAUGGCCGAGGCAUUGUGGGAUAGCGGGGGAUCUUUCCACUGAUAGAUUGGAGAUGUGAAACCUGAAGAAAUCUCAUCUAUGUCUGACCAAGAAACAGCAUUCGGCUGAUUGUUAUAAAUAAAUACUAUAGCUUGACUGAGUGCCUUCAUUAUGGAUGAAAUAGUAGCUGAAUACAUCAGGAGAACUGUCCUACGAAUACCACGCUCAGAAAUAGGGAAAAUGCUGACUACGUGGGGGUUUCUCUCUGAGAACCAGCUUCAGUCUAUAAACUUACAUCAGACAAAGGAGAAUGUGUCCCAAGAAGUAACUCAACUUUGUGAGGAAAAUGGUGCAACAAUCCAGCAUGCAGCAAAUCUAGACAUCAUUUACAAUUACACAUAUAGGGACAAAAAAAAUUGGACUGUUUACAAGAUGACCAGAGAAGGUGUUGAUGAAAAUGUCAUUUUCGACUUGGUAGAUUUCAAAAACAACUUUAAAACCAGCCUUCGGUUACUUCUGAAAAAUGUCACUAUCACUUUUAAGAAAUAUGAAGACAAUUCAGUGUGGAUUCGAGUUGCAUGGGGAACGCAGUUUAAAAAACCAAACAAGUACAAGCCAACCUACGUUGUUUACCAUUCACAGACUCCUUAUGUCUUUAUUUCCCAUUCCAUAUUUAGAACCUGCAGAGCUAUGCUUUUCCAGGCCCUGUUGACUGCUACCAGUUACAGUGAAAUCAAUGAGAUGGACCUCCGUAGCCGUUGUUUAGACUCCCUCAAAGAUAUUGUAUUUAAAUGGUGUAACCAGAAUGUUCAGACUUUUAACCCACGACCUCUACUGGAAAGGAACAGCGCUUUGGAAGAAAUGGAUCCAAGGAUAAUUCAAGAAGAUAAAAACAAAAAGGAGGCCAUUUGGAGAAUUAAUGAGGAGGACUUUGGAAAUGAUCCCCAGCCAAAACUACAAUAUGCAAAAUACAGGCUUGAGACAGUGUUCAAAAGUAAACCAGAACUGGGCAUCUUGAACAACAAGGAACCAUUUAGAUGCUUGGUCACAUUUUCUAGCCCUCAUCUUUUAGAAACACUGAAGUCCCUUGCGCCUGCUGGUCUGGCAACUGCUCCUUCUUCACGUUUAUUUACCUGUAUUGUCCCAGAUGCCAAGAACAGUUUUAAAAUUACAGAGGAAAAAAGUGGAUUUCCACAUGGUCCUCCAGAACAAUGACCUUAAAAUGGUUUGCGUAAUUAUUU